AUGGGGAGGCAAAAGGAAGUUCUCGCUAGAAUUGCAGAGAUGAUGAGGAUCAGAAACAAACUAGUGAGGCAAGCACUGGCCGAGUGCCUGGGGACCCUGAUUCUGGUGUUGUUUGGCUGUGGCUCGGUCGCUCAGGUCGUGCUCAGUAGAGGAUCCCACGGAGGCUUCUUGACUGUGAACCUGGCCUUCGGCUUUGCUGUUACACUUGGAAUUCUGAUAGCAGGGCAAGUGUCAGGUGGCCACUUGAACCCUGCUGUAACUUUUGCUCUGUGCCUCAUGGCCCGGGAGCCAUGGAUUAAGCUGCCUAUUUACAUCCUGGCACAAACCAUCGGUGCUUUCCUAGGAGCGGGCAUCGUCUUUGGCUUGUACUUUGAUGCCAUAUGGGCUUUUGGCAACAACCAGUUGUUUGUACUGGGACCGAAUGGCACCGCUGGCAUUUUUGCCACAUACCCGUCUGAUCAUCUGAAUGUAUUGAAUGGAUUCUUUGACCAGUUCAUUGGCACGGCAUCCUUGAUUGUUUGCGUCUUGGCUAUUGUGGAUCCGUACAACAACCCUAUCCCCCGGGGCCUAGAGGCGUUCACUGUUGGCUUUGUGGUCCUGGUUAUUGGGACGUCCAUGGGCUUCAACUCUGGAUACGCCGUCAACCCAGCCAGGGACUUCGGGCCUCGUCUUUUCACCGCCAUUGCUGGCUGGGGCACAGAAGUAUUCUCUACUGGCAUGCAGUGGUGGUGGGUCCCGGUCGUGGCCCCUUUCCUUGGGGCAGUUGCUGGAGUGCUGGUUUACCAGCUGAUGAUUGGAUGCCACGACGAGCCGUCUCCACCAUCCACUGAGCAGGAAAAUGUCAGGUUGGCCAACGUGAAGCAUAAGGAAAGGGUCUGA